AAGAACCAUUAGGAAUGGGGGGGGUAACUGCCAUCCCGUGUUUGAGGUUGCCUCAUUUACCACAUGGAACUGACUCAUGCUUAUUCUGCUCUGUGGCCAAGCAAAGCAAACCUCAGUUCCCUGUUUUUUUGUCCCUUUUUCCUCCCCUCUAGGUAAUGAUGUACGACCAACACAGAAUAAGUUCCACUCUAUAGCCAACGGGAUCUCGAGGACUUGAUUACAGUCGCUUUUAGCCUGAUAGUUUGUCCGUGCGGCUGCUCCCACCAUCCCUUCUAAGCUCGUCUGUAGUCGGCUGGCCUCUCUUCUGAUAACUUCCCGUCCCUCUCUGUGGGUGAAGAAGACCUUGUCUGCUUUUCCCGUUUCCCACUUUUGGUUCCUGUUUUACUCUAAGCAGUGGUGCUUCCCUGGAUUUGGAUUAUUCUCCAUUAGGAAUUAAAGUAAGUUUACCAAAAUGAUUCCAAACGGAUAUUUGAUCUUUGAGGAUGAAAGCUUCCUGGAUUCCAUCGUGGCCAAAAUGAACGCUCUGAGAAAGAGUGGCCAGUUCUGUGAUGUUAGGCUGCAGGUGUGUGGUCAUGAGCUGAUGGCUCACCGUGCUGUCCUGGCCUGCUGCAGCCCCUACCUGUUUGAGAUCUUCAACAGCGAUAUCGAGACUCCUGGAAUCUCUCAUAUCACCUUUGAGGACUUGAACGCAGAGGCUGCGGAAGUUUUGCUCAACUAUGCCUACACUGCCCAACUGAAAGCUGAAAAGGAGCUAGUCAAGGACGUUUACUCUGCGGCCAGAAGGUUCAAGAUGGAACGAGUUAAACAGAUUUGUGGCGACUACCUGCUGUCGAAAAUGGAUUCCCAGAAUGCAAUUUCCUUUCGGAACUUUGCCAGCUCCAUGGGAGACCCCAGACGUUUGGCCAAGGUGGACGCCUACAUCCAGGACCAUCUGCUGGAUGUGUCUGAACAGGAGGACUUCCUUAAACUUCCCAGAUUAAAGUUAGAGGUGAUGCUUGAAGACCACCUGACCCUUCCCAGCAACGGCAAGCUCUACUCGAAAGUGCGGAACUGGGUGCAGCGUAGCCUUUGGGAGAAUGGAGACCAACUGGAGCAACUGAUGGAAGAGGUCAGUAUCAAAGCCCCUUCUCUCCUCUCAGACCGAAUCUUCAGUCAUACUCUGCCCUUCCCUUUCCUCUGAUUCCUCCUGUUUGUG